UACAGUUUUUAAACAUUGAUGGGAAGUUAACUGAUAAUCAUGAUGUGAUUACAGAUUCUUUUAAUAAUUAAUUUCGAACAAAAGCUGGACAACAUUAAUACCAAUAAUGUCCAUCAGCAUUUUCUGUGAUUUGAAGAAAACUUUUGACUGUGUCAAUAUCUGUCUGUCCAUCUCUCUGUCUAAAGUAGAAUUUAUGGAAUAGUUGGUAAGGCCAGUGCAUUGAUAAAAUCCUAUGUGAAAGAGAGGUACCAAAGGGUAAGUCUAUUUUACUCAUUGGAGGAAUAAUUUAACUUAAUUAAUGAUCUUGGUCUGUUAUAUGCUGGAUGCCUAGUAGUAUACUGUUAUGUUUCAUUAUUGUAGUUUUGUGUCAUUAGUGUGCUGCAUUCUCUCACAUAUAUAUUUUAAAACUGUGUUAAUGAUUUACUCACUGUGAUUUGUCUCUGAUAAUAUGUCUAAUUGUUAUGUGUUAAAUAUAAUUAAUUUUUAUUUAUAUCAGUGAUGGAACUUGUCCUGUUGUCUUUGACUAUUACUAUAUCCACUGUUCUUCCAGCCAUGUAAGGAUUAAUGGAAAGUAAAUAAAUGAAUGAAUGUCUAUUUUAGUACAUGAUGUAAUGUAGCACCUACACCAUGUUUGUAAUGUUUACUGAUGAAUUACUUCAAGGUUUUGAGACAAUAUGUAAUACUCUUACAGGGCUAUGGUAUGGGCAGGAAGAGUUGGGUUAUCCUGUACUACUGAUUCUGCUAGAAUGCUGUACAAUAAAGUUCUGUGCAGCAAACAUUUCUCUGAAAGUGAUUUCACUACAGCUGAAAGGGUACACCUUAACAGAUGUGCAGCAAGCCUCAAUGCUCUAGUGGCUACAGGUGGGUGCAACAGCGAAUACAUGGCAACAGGUGUGUUUGUUGAGGAGGUUGACAACCUCUUCGAUAGUUUCAAUGGUGGAACAAGUGUUGGCCGAGGGAAAACACUGUGUUGCCCACUCAGUGACAACAGACAGUAUGGAGAUAAAGAGUUGGAUCUUCCUCAAGGAUGGUAAACCCGCCUUUCUUCAUCCUAAUCCUUCUCAGAAUGGGUGGCUGAUUGACAUCACUGCUGCCCAGCAUGUGUGGAGAACACUGAAAGAGGCGGGUUUUCAGUACCUUCACACCAAAAACCUGAAUCAGGACCCCCUGGAGAACACAUAUGGAGCUAUUCAUUUGAACUGUGUUUCAAACAAUAAUCCAACUGUGGGACAGUUUGUAGAUGCCCUGAAGACUAGCAUCAUCAAUGGCCUUGCAUUUAGAGGACUGGGGGAUACUAAUUGUGAGGAUGAUGGUGCUACUCUUCUGGAUAAUCUACAUUCGCUUUUCAGGGCACCUGAAGCUGCUUCACAGAAUCCUUCCACAAGUCAUGACAAGGAAACCCCUGCUGGUGUGCCUGAGAGUUUCCAUGUUGCUCAGCAAGUACAGAUGGACAUGAGUCCUGCAGUACCUGCUGGUGACAUGGAAGUGUUCUCAGUAGCUUACGUCACUGGUUCCAUUGCCAGACA